UUCGAUUGGAGAGGCCUUCAACAAUGCGGGAGGCUAUGGAGAUUGCACGAAGGAGGGACGAUCACUUGGUGGCGACUCGAAAAGCCAGACGUGGGGAAGCAAAUCCCACCGAACCUUCCCGCACAAUGUCGAGCGCGCCUGUUGACAACCGAGGUGUGAACGGGGAAAAUUCUGGUAAUUACCGACCUUCUCCACCUGAAGUUAAAAAAGCGCCAGUUGAGGAUUUUGGAGGAGAUAAUGUUGAUUAUUGGCCUUUUUUCAGAACAGGUGAGAUAUUUGAUAGUCUUAAAAAAGCUAUUAACUAUGCAGUCGGUAUGACAACUAUCUGUGGUUUUGAACUAAUUAUUUCAAAGCACUCAAAGGGAGGAACAUUGAGGAUUCUGAAGUGUAACCGAGGGGAACGUGAUCGAGGUAAUAAAAUAUCCAAUCUUGUUAAUGUUGUCCGCAGAAAGUCGAAAACAAAAUUUACCGGAUGCCUGUUUGAGAUGAAAUUGAAAAAAGUGGCCGGUACGAAUGAUUCCUGGAGUGUAUGUUUUCCUCUGGAUGACCGAAAGGGAUACCAUAAUCAUCCGAUGGUUUUGUAUCCCGAGGUUCAUCGACAGUUCAGCGGAUUGAGUGAAAAGGCGAGACAGAUCGUCCGUGACAUGACAACUGCCCAGGCAAGACCGGCGAUAAUAUUGGCAGCGAUACACGAGAAAUACCCGACUGACAACGCGGUUCGUCAACAGGUUUACAACUAUAGGUCUAGAAUGCGAUCAGAGAGUUUCGAGGGUAGAGAUGUGACUUCCCAACUUAUGCAUCUGGCUAGCUGGGCUAAUUACAUAGUUUUCGCCGAUUCUGAUAAGGACAAACACACCUUGACACGUGUGUUCAUGUCGCAUCCCCAGUCAGCCCUUCUCUUUCAGACAUAUUAUUGGUACGUCGGCAUAGAUUCGACGUACAAAACCAACAG